UAUCAGAAAAAGUUAUUUAUGUUACAAAAUUUUAGUUUAGUGUCCCAAUAGUUGUGGGUUUUAAUAAUCAAAAUGUCUAAAAAACCGUUAGGUCCGGGGCCCGGCGCCUACAUGCUGCCGACGACGGUGGGAUUCCCGUUGCACGACCCGUCGCGCGACCGCGCGCCCAUGUAUUCGUUCGGCUCGCGGCAGGACGCCCGCUUCAAGACCCUCGGGCCCGGCCCGAGCUACCGCAUCGACCGGGUGACGCGCGAUGGUCUCGUCACGUCGCCUAAUUGGAGCUUCGGGGCCAGAUUUCCAGUACGGUCGACGCUCCGCACGCCAGGGCCGGGCGCUCACGCGCCGGAGCGCUGCCCGCCACAGACAGCGAGAGCCCCGCAGUACUCGAUGGGCGCGCGACUCGGCUACGCUCUGAAGCGAAUGGUGCCCGCGCCCAACGCGUACGCGCUGCGCCUGGGUCCGGGCACGGCCGCCUGGUCCAUGGCGCCGCGCUCCGGCUACAACCUCAAGUCCAAGUCGCCGGGGCCCGCCGUUUACUUCCAGCAGAACACCGACGUUUACAGAACUAGGCAACCGAUUUACUCGCUGGGUGCACGUUUGGGCUACCAGGGCCGCACCAAAACCCCCGGACCUGCGGCUUAUCCACCCAACCUCUACAACACUAAGAAGAAUCCGUACGCGUACUCGUUCGGCAUCCACCAUGGCCCAUAUGCGCCGCCAAUGAUCGUCAAAGAAGACACCAUGGACUGCCUGUGAAAAGUUAGUCGUCGUAGGGAGUCAACUGUAACGAAAAUAAAUAGUCGACGGGCUGAAUUCGCAUGGUCACGCUGGGGCUUCCAUAUUCCGUACCACGACUUAGGUACUUGCCUGAUUGAGUACUUAGGUAACAAAGUGCAAAGAGGAAGACCAUAUCUAUCUGCGGAGAAGAGAAAAAUACCUAUUACAAUGGAAUUAAAAUCAAGUCGUUGUUAGGGAUUAAUGUUGUAUUACAACAAAUGAAAUUAAUUUUCUUUAAAAUUCGGAUGCAACAAAACAAAUGCGACUAUUCAGGCUGACUGUAAUUCCAUUGUCCUCAUGCAUGUUAUCUGUAAUUUAAAAAUCUAAUAUACUAUGGAAUCAAAUGUAUAUAUUUUGUAAAGGAUCUAGAAAAUUCGAUUAUGGUCUUAAGAAUCUCUCUCUCAAAUUUUUAUCCGGAACCUUAGAAAAUCCGGAAACCCCAUCUUAAUUUUAAAAUUUACCGGUAGGUAAGGUACCCUUAAUUACUCUCGAAAGCAAAAUUUUUGUGUAGAGCAAGAUGUGGGAAAUCGAUUUGUUCGUGGAAUUGUAAAACUUCGGCUUGUACCGUGAAAGUGAGGUUGAUUUGCAAAAUUACCAUGUUGUCCGUGUUUUAUAAAAUGUUAUUGUGACGAAAAUGUACAAAAGUAUAAAUACAAUGUUUACGAUGUAA